CAGACUAGCAAUGCCAGCGCGGUGGAUAUAAACUGGAACUAUAUAACCUAGAAUUUUGGAAUUGUAUUUUUAAGAUCAUUUUAAAAGGUCUGGUAGCUGGUAUAUAGCUACGUAUAUAUUUAAUAAUCGAAGGAACUGUCGAACGAAUAGCCUAUAUGAUGACUCAAGUAAAGCUUUACUGUGGAUUCCUGUUGUUGCUUGCACCUUCAGGUUUAUUUGCUGCCUGUCCUGUUGAGAUCAGUCCCCCCUCUCUGGUGGUGAGGUAUGGAGAUUCUGCUUCUGCCACCUGUCGUACACUCGUACCCGUCAGUGGUAUGGGCUGGGAGUCUACUGUGGGGGCUGUGGGUUUGGAGGAGGGUGUUACUGAGCUCAACUGGACUGUGAAGGAGCUGAGAGAGUGGACAAUGAGGCCACAAUGCUUCAUCAACCCAGAGGAUGGUGACCAGUGCCAGAAAGAACUUGCUGUUGUGGUAUACAAAAUGCCAGACAGUGUGACCCUGACGAUAGGUGAUCCUGGGCCAAAGGAUGCUGGCACGACAUACAUCCUUACUUGCCGCAUUGAAAACUUCGCCCCUGUCCAGAACCUGAAUGUGAGGUGGUUUAAAGGAGGACAGAUGCUGUUUCAGGAAGUUGGUGGGGAAGAAGAUGACAGCAUUGGUCCACAGAACAAGACUUAUGAACGGCAACUCAUCUUCAAACCAUCUGACAAUGGAGCAGAGUACCGUUGUGAAGCUGGGCUAAAUUUGACGUCUGAUCCUCAUAUUCAGUCACAACCAGUCCUUGUCACUGUCCACUAUCCCCCUUCUGAUUCGGAGGGUGUGUCGGUGCUGGAGCUGGAGCGUGACACCACAUUGAACUGCACAGCCGAUGCCAACCCCCCUCCCAGUUAUACCUGGAAGACCUCAGGAACACAUGAGAAAAUGGGGAAGACGCCAGUCCUCCCCAUUGAUGUAGCUGGGAACUACACAUGCACAGCCUCCAACCGUCUUGGCAGUGGGACCAAACAUUUCAUAGUAGUGUCCAGAUCUUCAGGUACAUUCUGGGCCAUCAUCGGAACCGGUAUUUUUGUGAUUUUUGUUCUAUGCGGCGGCUACGGAAUCUUGAAGUGGAGAGCCGGUGCCAAUUCCAUUAUCUGAUCAAGAAACAUCAACCAGUACCUCAGCUGUCAAGGGAACAUUACCCCCCCCCCCCCAGGGGCGGACUGGCCAUCGGGGACACCGGGGGAAUCCCCGGUGGGCCGACGGGUUUGGGAUGGUCCAAAAUAGCGGCCCAAUUCAAUUGACGCUCUGCCCUCUCCGGUACUGAUGAUAUGUAAGACUAGGCAGAACACUUAUAAUUGACAACAAUAUCUAUAUGUAUGCUUGAAACCACUGACUGAGUUUUAUACUACUCUUCGCGAUCUGUAUUCACACUCAUGGUGUCUAUUUUUCGAAAAUGUUCUGACGUUUCUUCUUUACUCAUCUAAUGUCUUCCGUCAGUCUAAUUUAGUUUUAGGCGUUAUUAAAUGUCACUCACUCUAUCCUACUCAACACUUGCAUCACUCGCUCGCUGACACCUUCAACACCCCUACUACACUGACUACACGCCCCUGACUACACACAUACACAAUCACACACCCAGCAUGCAACACUACUGAUGCCAUUGAUGUUCACACCCCAUCGAAUGUUCUGUACUGUUCAUUUCUACAAUAUAGUUCAUCCAGGGGCGGCUUGUCCAUAAGGGCGAUUGGGACGACGCACUGCCUACGCCCGGAUUUUUUUUUUUCUGUCGGAUUCUACCACUAGACCGUUUGAUCUGCCUCUAAAUGUCAUUGCCGAAUCAGCCAACAGUCACUCAGGCAACAGUCAGACAAACGUGGUGCUUCAAAUGACCCCGCCCCUUUUGGGGGGCAAAGUGGAAAUCGCCCCAGAUCUCUCUCAUUGACUCUCAUGUUAAAU